CAACUUGAACUUCAAUGUUGGCACUGAAAAUACUACAAUUCUUAGUUCCAUACAAUAUCGCAUACAUUAUACCGGCCCGGCGUCAUGCCACUGUGUCAGCGUUGCGAGAAGAAGACUGAUACGAGUGGUCACAGUUUCGCGUUCAGCCACCUAAAGCAGACAGAUUGUGAGUUUUGUCGGCUCGUCUAUGAAGGCAUCAUUGCCAUACUAUCACCCACCAUCCCUCAUGACAGCGCCAGCGCAACGUUCCCUUCAUUUAGUCUUGACCCGAGAAAAAACUUCGAUGUACACAUCUUGGCUUACGGAAUCAUCGUAUCAUUCUGGUGUUCAUGGGGGACAAUUUGCCCUUGGAGUAUCUUGCCAACUCAUAGAGCUAUAACUACGCUCGAAUCCAGCGAGGAAGGAAGCUUCAACACUGCGUUGGAGUGGAUUCAAGACUGUGUCGCUCAUCAUAAUUGUAGCGACAAUGUCUCUCCAACUUUGCCAACCCGAGUGGUCAACACCGGCCUCGAUGGAUCACCAAUCCGACUUGUGGAUGGAAACUCAGUGCGUCAUCGCUAUAUGUGCUUGAGCCACUGUUGGGGCCAAGAGAGACCCCUGAUGACGACGACUAAGAAUAUAUCUAGUCACCUUGAAGAGAUUCCUUGGUCCACCAUACCGGCUACAUUUAAGGAUGCUAUCUUAUUUGGUCGGAAGUUGGAUAUACGCUAUAUUUGGAUCGACUCACUUUGCAUAAUUCAAGAUAGCUCGACAGAUUGGGAAAUAGAAUCAUCCAAGAUGGCUGAUAUAUACAGAAACAGUCAUAUUACAAUCGCCGCCACUGCUGCAAAGGAUAGCAGGGGUGGACUUGAUACAUGCCAUACAAGAGAGUCAUCGGUAAAGCUCAGGGGGAGAACAGCGAGUGACAAGCCUUAUGAUAUUUGUUGCCAAUAUGCCAUGGCGCCCAUGACAAGCGCAGGAAAAGACACGCCGGGUAGACCCAUCCAGCAUCCAAUCUCGAGCAUCAUGACUCUUGAGGACUAUGGUGGCGCUAUUCCCGUGUUUCCACUUUUGACUCGGGGUUGGGUUUUCCAAGAACGUUUAUUGUCACCUCGCUUUCUUCAAUGUGGUCGAGAUGAGUUGUUAUGGGACUGCAGAGAAUCUAUGCAUUGUGAGUGUGGUCAGAGACCCCCAGAUCUCCCCUACAAUCAGGUUAGUAUCGGGAUGAGUGAUAGCGAUCUUCUUGCACACAAGUGGCGGAAAAUCGUGGAGUUUUAUUGCUCCUUAAACUUGACUUACGAUACUGACAAGCUACCGGCCCUGUCCGGUCUUGCGCGACAAAUGAGUGAGAUGAAAUCCGAGGCAGCCUACUUAGCCGGGAUAUGGAGUGAUUCCUUGGAUCUUGAUUUACUAUGGGUUCCAUAUGGUCCAGACUGCAGUGAGGGAAAAGAGUAUCUAGGGCCCAGCUGGUCAUGGUCCUCCUCAGGAAGACGGAUCAUAUAUCCAAGCGUGUGGCGAUCUCAAGAACAUGACCCGAGCGUCAAGGUUCUUGAGGUAUAUUUCGAAUUCAUCAACGCAUUCUGCACCGCAGGUACGGCAGAUCCAAAUGGCAGAGUCACUGAUGGGAGACUGGUUAUGAGUGUACCCCUAUUCCCGCUCAUCGUCGGGUCGGCAUCUGAUAACGACGAAAGCUACGUGAUGCGAUACAAAAACACACCAUUCUUCCAAAGGGAUGGUUCGCAGGUACACAUGGACAAAAGGCCUAGUAAUUGGCGCCAACUGUUCGACGAUUUCAGAAGAAGGGUGUUUCUUGAUAAUAUCGCCAAGCGUGGCCAACUCAAGAACAAGAUCUUUAGCUGCAGACUGGCUCGGCUGGAGAUACUAGAAGACAGCACGUACUACCUAGUAUUCGACGCCCGGGAUACAAUCCAAAUCGAAUUCAGUUUGCUCCUGGAACAGAUCGAUGAGGAUAAGAAUGUUUUCAGGAGAAUCGGGCUUUUGGCAGACGGGCGGGUUGUUGAAGGUCAUAAGGGGGAUGCGCAAUCGUGGAUGAACGAGCCGAGCUGCUUUGAGAAGGAUAACGAACGGACUCAGAUUACGAUUAUUUAAAAGAACUCAAGCUGUUUGAUUCUUCCUGAAUUCAAAGUUGUUAUCUUACGUGAUCCUUACUGUGCGGAGAAAGAAAGAAGUAUUUCUUUUUGACUAAUUCAAAGCCCCUAUACUGCCUAUGUUUGCUUCCAACCUUGGAAGU